UGUUAUUUUUGUUCUUUCAUUGGGGUGUACACAAGAAUAGAAUGCCUCCAGUUUUGGGCCAUUAAGAAGCUAUUAAAAGUGCACAGCAACAUUGCCAACUUAUGAAAAGGCAGGCCCUUCUGGUAUCCAUCCAAAAGGAAAGGGCACACAUCUCAGUUCACGGCCUUCAUUCCGCUUAAAGUUAUUUGUGACUAAAGCUGCGCACACACUGUACUUUUAAGACACCUGACUUCCUCCUAAGAAUCCUGGGAACGGGAGUUUACCUCUUAGAGCGCUGCAAUUCCCAGCACCCUUAACCCAACAACAGUUCCCAGGAUCCUUUGAGGAAAAUUGUGUGCUUUUGAAUGUAUCGUGUAUACAUUUGUAAGACUGCAACCCUAAACACGACAUUUAUUAAGAAGUAAGCCCCAUAGUGGGACCAGCCUCAGGAUUGCACUCUUGGAGCCAUAUUUCCAGAAGUGAAUAUUAACACAAAAAGUUGGUGAACAUUUUUUUGCUGAUUUCCCCAAAAUCCCCCCGGAUGCUAAUUCUGUCAUUGGGAAAUCCGUCUGUAUGGCAACCCUAAUGAACUUUCUCCUUUGUGCUUGUUUACUGAGAGGUUUGCCCUAUUAAGUUCAAUGGAACUUACUCCCUAAUAUGUGUGAUUAGGAUUUCAGCCCAAAGCCUUUGGAGCAGUGUGGCCAGCAUUUCGUGGGUUUGCCUUCAUGGUUUUACGUCCUCCACACACACAUACCCCAAAAUAUUUUUUAUAUAUUUAUAAACCACCAGCUCAUAAGUAAUCACCAUCAUCAAGGCGCUGUACAAUAGGAUAAUUGAAACAUCGUAAAACUAUGCAAUUACAAAAUCGUAGAACACUCUACACAUGGAUCAGUAUUGAGUCACAUUAAUCCUAUGAAAAGUCCUUGGCGAUACAAAUACAUUUCCAGUUGGUGAUGAAAUAUCCGGAAGGCAAGUGCUUGGUUUCAAUAGGAACAGUGUUCUCGGUCCCUGGUGCCACGGCGCCAAAAGCCUUGGUUCACAAAGAAACUCUACGAAUACUAAGUCAUAUUAAGUAAAUAAUACUGUUAAGUAAUAUUUACUUAACAACUAUUGUAGUUCCUUGUCUUAUGAAACUUUUACGGCUACGCUAAAUGUGAAUGUGACACCGUUCCCACAAAUAGCAAUCGAAAUAUUGUUUUUUAAAAAAGUGUAAAUAACAGGCAUUGCAUUGGUGGUAGUGGGGAGAGGAAUCUAGAUUUGGGACCCCAGUGGGCAGUGUUGCAGUGAGGUUAUUAAAUUAGGUCCUAGCUGCACCACAUCAUAAACCAUCCCUGUUGGAUGUCUGCCCUAAUACCCUGCCCUUUGUGCCGUUGAGGUUCCUAUCUAAAUCAGCAUCUUGCAUCCCUUCAUCCCUGGAGCUCAAGGCAGUGCAUGCAGUCUUUCCUCCCCCUUCCAUUUGUAUCCUGUCAACAGCCCUGCGAGGUUGGUAGGCGGAGAGGUUGCUGUGACUGGCUCAAAAUUCACCCCGUGACCCUUUAUGGCUGAGUGGGGAUUUGAACCUGAGGGAGGGAGAGGAUAUCUUGGAACCUAAAAGGCAGUGUAGUAAAUAAAUCAGCGCUUUAAACUGGGAGUGUAAUUAUAUUCCCAAACCAUGUUUUAAUCACGAUAAGCACUUUUUCAUAGGCUGCAGGCAUGGGAAUAAUCUGAGUAUGUAAACAAACAAAUGCUCCUUGCAGUUGGAAAACUAGCACAGCAGAGAAGAGGACUGGCUUAGAACCUUUCUGUAUCAUUGAUAUGGUAGAUUUCUAGUCGUGGCAUAUUCCUCCCCCACUCAAAUGUAGGGACAUUAAUAUGUGAGAUGUGCAAAUGUACCCCUGCCUGCUGCAGGGGUACAGCCCACUCCCCAUUCUGCUCCAUGAGCAGAUCUGGCUAGUCUCAUUGAAUGAAAUGCACAAGCAUUUGGGGGGUGGCAAAGGGGAGGGGCAGUGCUUUUUCUGGGGGGGGUACACAUACCCCUAAACAUUUUGUGAAUCUAAGUUUGGCCUCAUUGAGGGGCAGUAUUUCAAUAUGAGUAGGAAAAUGAGAGUACCCCUAAACAUUUCUUUUUGUUUUGGAAAAAAGCACUGGGGAGGGGCAUGGCUGGUGGUGUGGAAGAAGGUUCAGCUAGAUAAGACUGCGGGAUGGGGCAAUGUUAUCUCUCAUCCCUCCCUCCCCCAAUCAUAUAGGUAUGUUGCUUCUGGCCUUUUAAAAUUUUAAAUAUUUCCCUUUCUGCCUUGGCAGCAAGUAUAAAACAAAGAGCAACGGAUGUGGAAGGCAUGGCAGGAAAUCACAGAAUCCUAGAGCUGGAAGGGACCCUGCGGGUCAUCUAGUCUAACCCCUGCAAUGCAGGAAUAUGCAGCUGCCCCAUACGCGGAUCGAACCCGUUUUGCCAUUGCCGAUGUCGAGUUUAGUACCUAACCUUUUAAUCGGCGUCUUAUUUUUUCUUAUCACUCUUCCUACUUCUUUGGGUAAACUGCCCUGGAAACGUUUCUAGGGGGCGAGAUAAAAAAAUCCUUCGAGCGAAGAAGGAAGGCUCAGCUUCGGAAUCUUGUUUUCAGUACCAAGCCGACGGGAAUCUAAUAAUACAUAGGGAAUCUACGGAGAAAGAACAAGCCGGUGUCUCUGCGCACGUGCAGAGCGUGAUUCCCUCGGUGCUGAGUUUUAUCUCUCCGUGUGUUUUGCAAUGGCUUCCGGACAGGAAUUCUUCAGAAGUGAAGCGGUGCGCCAGGGUUGAGGCGGGCCGGCGGAGGUCGCCUCCCCUUCACCUCGGGCAGAGUCCCCCACGUGGGCAGGAGAUGGUUAACUGCAGCCUGACACCCAGCCCCCUUUUGUUUCCUAUGCUGAGCCCCACAUACAAGCAGCGCAACGAGGAUUUUCGCAGGAUCUUCAAGGGACUGCCUGAAACGGAGCGGCUUCUUGUAGAUUACUCCUGUGCGUUGCAGCGUGACAUCUUGCUUCAAGGGCGGCUUUACCUAUCGGAGAACUGGAUCUGCUUCUACAGCAACAUCUUCCGAUGGGAGACCACGAUCUCCAUCCAGCUGAAGGAGGUGAAAUGCAUCAGGAAGGAGAAGACGGCCAAGCUGAUCCCCAACGCGAUUCAGAUCUGCACAGAGACAGAGAAGCAUUUCUUCACCUCAUUCGGGGCCCGUGACCGCUGCUUCAUGCUGAUCUUCCGCCUCUGGCAGAACACGCUCCUGGAUAAGACGUUGUCCCCUCAAGAGCUCUGGCACAUUGUCCACCAAUGCUAUGGCUCUGAACUCGGCCUCACCAGUGAGGAUGAUGAUUACGUCUCUCCCAUCGAUGAGAUCAACGGUUUGGGAAGCCCCAAAGAGACUGGGGAUGUCAUUGACCUGAGCGACUUGACUUCCCGCUGCAGCACAGACCUCAAGCUGGACACCAGCCCCCUCCUGGACAAAAGGGACGCCAGUCAGAGCAUCAACUCGCUGGCCAGCAGUAGUGAUGGGACCACCUCGCUGGCAGAGGACCCAGAUGAGAACACUGACAGCCAAGUGGAUGCUUCUUCCAGCCACACAGUGACCUCAGCAACAGAACCUCCCAGGGACGAUUUGCCACAAGGGCCGCCAAUGUCCCCCCUGGAGGGGGACCCACUCCCCAGCGAGGAGCUCCCCACGGACAUGAGCAAUUCCUCCUCCUCGACGCAAGAUGAAGCCGAGGUGGACGCUUUCUUUUCAGACCUGCCGGGGCGGUUGCUCAUCAACACUGUUUAUCAUGUUGGAGCUGAAAGGCUGCAGCAGAUGCUCUUCAGCGACUCCCAGUUCAUACACGGCUUCUUGGACCAGCGCAAGUUCACAGACGUGGCGCUGACUUCGUGGACCGGCGACAACAAGUGCCACCAAAGCCGCGUGAUCUCCUACACGAUCCCCAUCACCAACCCUUUGGGCCCCAAGGCUGCAGCUGUAGUGGAAACUCAGACUCUGUUCCGUACCAGCUCCAAAAGCGGGGGCUGUGUUGUUGACUCGGAAGUGAUCACACAGGGGAUCCCGUACCAGGACUACUUCUACACAGCGCAUCGAUACUGUAUUACUGCCGUGGCCAAGAGCAAGGCCCGACUCAGAGUCUCCUCUGAGAUCCGGUACCGGAAGCAGCCAUGGAACCUGGUGAAAACGCUCAUUGAGAAAAACGCCUGGAGCGGCGUAGAAGAAUACUUUCAGCACUUGGAGCUGGCGCUGGUGCAGGCAGAGAAGGCCCUGCUGGAAGAGAGCUGCCAUGGCAAGGAGCCGCGGGGGCUCCUGUCCGGCCUACGCCGCCGGAAGCGUACCCUGAGCUGGAGAGCCCCCCACGUCGAGCCCCCGCUCCCCACGUUGCCUGACGGUGAGGGGGCAGCCCGCACCAUCCGUCCCUCAGGCAGCCUGACCUCUCGGCUCUCGGAGCAGCUGUCGGAACAAGGGCAAGGCCAGACCGUCUCCACCGUGAUUCUCAUCAUCAGCUUGGUCCUUGUGGUCUUGGUUAUCCUGAACAUGAUGCUGUUCUACAGGCUCUGGUCUCUGGAGCACACAGCCCGGACCUUUGAAUCAUGGCAGGCCUAUGCACUCUCCAGCGGAAAGCUACCACAGACAGCAUCUGAAUGGGCCGAGAUCCUGGAGCUGCAGAAGCGGUUUCACAGUGUGGAGGUUCAGAAGUGGAAGCAGAUCCUCAAGGCCUCUGUGGAGCUUCUAGAUGAGAUGAAAAUCUCCCUUGAGAAGCUGCACCAGGGCAUCACGGUGGCUGAGCCCCCCUUGGAGCCGGAGUGAAACCCCCAGCGCUCCCUCUCUCCCAAGGAUGUUGCUCAGAAACUGCUGCUGGAUCGGUGGCACCCACCUCCCGUGGCCGGUGUGCGUCCGAGGGGAGGACAUUCUACUCCUCGCCAGACCAACAGCUGGACCUUAGCCUCAAGAGUGCCACUCGCAGGGAUGGAUUCAACCACCACCACUUUCCUGCUUCGGGAUGUUUCUCCCGGAGCAUCUUCCUUUUCUCUUUUUCUCUCUGAGGGUCUCUGCAGUGACUUCAUUUUAUCCCCUCCCCCUUUAAGUGCUAUUUAUAUUCCUCACAGGACCCCAGAGAGCUUUUGACUUCUGCUGCUCCAGCAUCCUUUCUUUACUUUCUUUCCGGCUGUUGUUCGGAGUGUGUGUGACUGGGAACUUUAGAGGGCAGAUGGCGGUGCCUAUAUCUCUUGUGUUGAGAUUUCACCUAACAGCUGGGACAGCAAGGACCCGCUUUCUUCCUCCAUGUUGAGGGCAAUCGAUCUGUGAUUUCCUUCUCUCUCACACACACACAAGUGGUUGAGAGAUGGGAAACCAAGAGUCCGUAUUGAAUCCUUCCUUGCUCCCUCUCCUCCUGUUUCCAUCCUUUGGCGAGCCCGAUUGUUUUAUUAAAGGGAUCUUCUCGACAACAUUACCUCUGACAGAAGGGGGAAAGGGUAGGCAUGGCCCUGAACAUUAUGCGGCCAGAAAUCUGAUUUACAGAAGUUGGAGAGCUUCUGAGACCCGUGAGGGGAUUCUGUGCCCCUUGCCCAUGUGAGAGUUAACCUAGAGCAGGGAUGGCCCUCCAGAGGUUGACGGACUACAGCACCCAUCAUCUCUGACUGCUGGUCAUGGUGGCUGGGGCAGAUGGGAAUUGGAGUCCAACAAUAUCUGGUGGGCCACAGGUUCCCCAUCCCUGACUUAAGAGCACGCCCAGGCAAGGGAGCCAAAGGCACCUGGGGAAGCAGCUGGGUCAAACCCACCAGUAAUCCCACUUUUGGAUUUCCAUCACUAGGGUGGGGGUGGGCAGAGAGCCCAGGAGUACCCCAGUCUACGCCGAAAGCUUUCUGGCCUUGGGAGGUUUCUGCUGCGCCAGCUGCCCUAAUCCGUUAUUUGCCGCAACGAAAAUGCCAAACUCAGCUUUUCUUUGUUGUUUUUUUUUGAGAGGAGAGCAAUCUGAAUGAGUGCAGCACAGUGGCCACAGAGUCGGGGCUCCUGGGUUUUAUGUUUAUUUUUUUACUCCCAUGUGGGCAGCACCAUGCUCCUAGACUCCAGGACUCCUUUGCCCGAUUCCUCCUAGGCCCGUCUCCCAGGCAACAAAUGGGCUUUGCCAAGGCCUAGCUGUACUGUCACUUUAAAAUGAGGUUGCACUGCCAGUCAGGGCCCCAGGUGCCCUUCAAAUACUGCCUGAGGGGGUUUCUCAUCUUGAAAUCCACCCCCUCCUGGGGAGGGGUGUGUGUCUGCCAGCCCUAUGUUCUCCACUCCUGACUCAAAACCUUGGAAGGCCCAGGUUUCUGACCCCUUUUCUCCCUUCUUUCCCCCUCACCAAGGUUGUGGCGAGGGGGCUCCCCCCCCCGUUUUGUAGCUGUGUUCAGUGUUAACGAUCCUUUGUGUUCAAGGUUCCACAGAGGUGCUGGGGCUUAUUUAUUAGGGAGCGGAAUAAAGACCGUGGAUCGGAA